AUGACCCAGAUCGGCCCAGAGUACUUCGCUCGCCAGCACUCGCACGGCAGCCGCGCCGGCCGUCAAGGCACCAGCAAUAGCCAUUUCGGCCGCGGCGGUCCCAACGGGAGCGAGACGACCUCUAGCAGCAGCAGCAGCAGCCGCAGCAGCCGCAGCAGCACCAGCAGCGACAGCAGCUACCGCAAUAUCUGCAACGUCGUCAGCGGCAGCCCCACCAAGACCAACAACAACGGCGGCUCUCGCAACAAAGCCAGCGCCAACCCUGCCAAUGGCGCCCGCACGCGCAUGGUGACGGUGGCGCGUCCGCACAAGAUCAGCCCCAUGGUCGGCGAGCUCAACCGCGCCCUCGAGGCCCUCUCCCUGUCCAAGGAGCGCGAGAUCGACCACCUCGAGGCCGAGCUGCGCGCAUCGGCCGCCACCCGCGACCGCGCCAGGGCCAAGGGGGCCGAAAAGGACUUCAACCGCCGCACCAACGAGUUUGCCCACGAGUUCAAGCAGCUCUCGCACCGCUUCCAGGCCGAGGCCGCCCGCAACCCGGGACAGAACGCCGGCAUGCGCCUCGCCAAGGCCGCCUACAACGCCCGCAACGGCGGUCAGGCCCACGACAUCCGCCAGAUCACCGUGGCCUACAACCGCAAGCACCACUGGAACGGCGGCGCCGUCACCUCGGUGCGCCAGCACUUUUCUCGCGGCAACGCCGACCAGGCCCGCGGCCUCAAGGCGGCCUCGCGCCUCGCGGCCGGCCACCGCUACUGA